AUGGACGAUCGUUCUCUCAUGCUGGAGAGGAAGGCCCGUCGCCGUGCUCUGGCUACCAUCGAGGAGCGUGUCAAGAAAUCGCCCAAUCUGUAUCUCGAGCCGACUGACCUCCAGACAGUCGGGAUCCAUCACCUCCCUCUGACCCUGAAAGACGGCACCAACGCCCUGCCUCGGUUUUUCCGCCCAUACGCCGAGGAUCUACCUCUCCCAGAUAAGGAGGAUGAGUUUGUAGACACGGAGCUAUCCUCGGACCGGCCCAUGUGGAAUGUUCGAGACCUGGAAGAUUUUCUCUUCCGUCAUUUUCUGGACUGCAAAGAGGCCGCCGAGGAGCAGCAUCCUCACAAUCCCCCGCCGUCGGGAGUGCCCCGCGAUCAGCUCGGCGACUACAAGUUCGGUCUCCUUCUGGAGUGUAUCGGGUUCAGCUGGGAAGCUGCGGCGGUGACGGAGCUUGCGGAUCCAACCAUCCCGCAUAUCAAGGCCAUGCUUAUCAGCGAUGCAAUGGGGGAUGAGCGACUGCUUCGCGGCGAGAUCAUGACCAUUACCGACAUCAUGGCUACGCGUCUCCGCACCAAGACCUUCCGCCCGCAUGUUGUUGCUCCGAUACUGCUCGUGUCUCUGAUGGGUCCUCGACAUGCCCGGGUCCUAGAGGCCAGCUUCGACGGGCAGACCCUCACCGUCCGCUCCACAGAGCUGUUCGACUUCACCCAGAGGAACACAGAAGCCGCGCAGCUGCUGGCCCGGUAUUGGCUUGGCGGCGCGUGUGGCUCGACUAUGAUGAAAGCGACCUGAUUCUGGACGGACGGAGGCGUUUGAUCUGGCGUUAGGAAAUAUUUGGUCUGGCGUUAGGGCACAUCUGGUCGGAUUGGAUGGCAGAGAUUCCCCUGGUUAUGAUCGUACUAUCUGCUCCGCGGUCGCUGGAACGACAGGCUUGGAUGCGGCGAAUGACUGACAGAUGAUUGUCUUGAUAAUAAUAAUGAUGAGCUGAACUGGAC